UGCAACGUUUGUAGGCACGAAAUAUAAACGUCUUCAUUACUGACGCCUGAAAGCGGCUUCCCAUAAAAUAUGAACGUGUGAAUUAUUGACGUGUUUCUUUACGUGUGCAUUUUUUUACGUCUAUAGGCGUGAAACAAGUCGUAAAAUAUAUGGUGUGCGCAUGUGCGAUGCCAGUGUGCGCGUGCAAAUAAUGCUCAUCGGCGUGGAAAUCAAAGGAAAACAAUGUACUAAAAUGGCUUCCUUUCCUCGGGAGUUAGGAGUGCAGACAACGAACAACGCGGAGAUGUUGUCUCCGGAGUCAGCAAAGCUGAAAGAAGAGAAGGCGGAGGUUGACGAUGUUUCGGAACUGCCGCUGCAAACUUCACAGAGUUCGGCGCUCGGCUUCUCCCCGGACCAAGUGGAGAGCAUCUGCGAGGCGCUAAUGGAGGGGGGCAACGUGGACCUCCUGGGUCGGUUCCUCUCCACCAUCCCUCCAUCGACCGACCUGAUCCGUGACAACGACACCCUGCUGAAGGCCCAGGCGCUGGUCGCCUUUCACCGGGAGGAAUUCAAAGAGCUGUACGCCAUACUAGAGAGCCGCGACUUCCACCCGAGCAACCAUGGGUUCCUGCAGGACCUGUACUUGCGGGCGCGCUACAAAGAGGCGGAGAGGUCCCGGGGUCGCAGCCUGGGUGCCCUGGAUAAAUGCAGGCUCCGGAAGAAGUUCCCACUGCCCAAGACGAUAUGGGACGGAGAGAAGUCCCGCUACGCCCUGAUGGAGUGCUACACCAGCAAUAGGCGAGAUCCGGAGCCUGGGAGGACAGAACCAGCUAGAGAGCGGCUGACCACAAUUCGACUGGCUGUUCUUCCAAAUGGCAGAGAUACAGUAUUUUUACCAAGAGUGGGAUCAUUAAUAAAGAAAAUCGUGGUACCACUCUCCAUGCCAGAGAGCGCAUUUAUUAAGAAAAUAAGAGCAGAAUUCCCUAGCUUACGAGGUGACUUCUGCCUUUGCAGAGUCAACAGACUUAGGAAAAUCCAGCAACUGGAGCUCACCUCUGUCUGUCCCGCUGCAAUAAAAGCGUGUCCUUUGCUGCGAAGAUCAGCGGUAUACAUCAGACCAAUGGAAAACAGGGAGGAGGUCGAGAAUGAGCAUCAAGUGGGUGGUGGGAAUGGAAUGGAAUGGGAAAGCCAAGACACGGAGGAACAAAACAGGCGAGAUGAGGAGCACGGCGGGACAGGACCGGCCCGACGGCGGCUGACUGCAAUACGACUGGCUGCUCUUCCAAAUGGCCAAGAUACACUCUUAUUACCAAGAGCGGGAUUAUCCAUAAAGAAAAUCGUGGUGCCACUCUCCAUGUCAGAGACCGCAUUUAUUGAGAAAAUAAGGGCGGAAUUCCCUAGUUUACAAGGUGACUUCCGCCUUUGCAGUGUCAACAGACAAAGGAAAAUCCGCCAGUUGGACCUCACCCCUGUCUGUCCCUCGGCUAUAAAAGCGUGUCCUUUGCUGCGAAGAUCGGCUGUGUACAUCAGACCAAUGGAGUUUUGGGAAGAGGGAGUCCAGAGUGUGAACGUAGUGGGGGACAGAGGUGGAAUGGAGUGGGAAAAGCACAACAUGUUGGAGGAACCAAUCGGGCUGAAGGAGGAGGAGGACGAGGAGGAACGAGACUGGUUGAAGGAGGAGGACAUGUUUACAGGUCAGGCUGACGAUAAAGCAGUUGAAAGAGAGAGUGUAGGCUUGCCGGAACGCCAUGCCCUACCCAGCCAGCAGGAUGAAGAGUAUCAACAUUCGCCGGUACUAGACCAAGAAAUGGAGAGAAGACGAAGGCAGUUUCAGGAGCGUGAGCUGAGAAGAGUAGAGGUUAUAAAUACCAGGAAGAAAAUGAUGAAUUCCAUACCAGAGCCUGACAAUGGGGUAACCGUCCAGUUUAAAUAUCCUGAUGGUACCUUAAAACGGAGACGCUUUCUACCUAGUCAGCCUUUCCAGCAUAUAGUUGCCUUUGCAGGCAGUGAAGAAAUGGCUACUGAAAUAUUUACACUUCAGAAUGCUAUGUCCCGCACCUCACUGCAAAGCACCCAAAGAGGUUCACUGGCAGACAGUGGCAUCACUGCACCGUGUACUCUGUACAUUCUGUGGAUGUUGGGGGAUGCACUGGAGGAUAUUAAGUCAAACUCCUCCGCAGCACAUGAGCAGACGCGAGCUGCACCACCUACCACAGUCCCUGCCUUCUCCCCUGCUCCCCCUCCACCCGUCACAAUCACAACCCUUUCCCCUCCUCCCCCUCCACCAGUCACAGUCCCCACCUUUUCCCCUGAUCCCUGUCUGCCAGUCACAGUCCCCUCCUUUUCCCCUCCUCCCCCUCCAGCGGUCACAGUCCCCGCCUUCUCCCCUGCUCCCUCCUCACCGGUCACAGUCCCCGCCUUCUCCCUUGCUCCCUCCUCACCGGUCACAGUCCCCGCCUUCUCCCCUGCUCCCUCCUCACCGGUCACAGUCCCCACCCUUUCCCCUCCUCCCCCUCCACCAGUCACAGUCCCCACCCUUUCCCCUGCUCCCCCUCCAACCCACAGUCCCUCUAAUAUCUCCUCCACUCCAUCAAGCCCAGACCUGCAGAACACUGAAGAACCUUUUGACGUUGCUUCUGCACUAAAGACUCUGAAGUCAAGGGUUCACCAUCUUGCUCCCACGGCUAACCAGAUAAAUGUUCUCCGUAAUGAAGAGUUUGAUUGUGCGUUGAGAGCCUUCAGGCGGCCUGCCUUUGACCCAGAGUCAAAACUGGACAUUGUGUUUAUUGAUGAGGAUGGUCUGGGUGAUGGGGCCGCAGAUGAUGGGGGACCUACCAGGGAGUUUUGCAGACUCCUGAUGGGACAGAUCCAAGAGCACCAAAUAUUUGAAGGCCCUCAAGAAGCUCGCACCCUGGUCCUUGACAGUGUUGCCCUUCACAACAACAUGUACAGAAUUGUGGGCCAAAUGUUGGCCGUUUGCCUGAUCCAGGGAGGUGUGUCACCUAACUUUUUCUCAAAAAGGCUUUUCAGCCAAGUCUUUGGUCUACCGUCUGCCCCAGCGACCACUGAAGAAGUGGUGGACUGCGGUCUAAAGACUAAACUGGAGAAGAUAAGCAGUGCAGAGACACUUGACGAUGCCAGACAGGCUGUUAAUGAAGCAGCGGAUGAGUUGGAUCCGAUGGGAGCACGAUGGCACCUCCAGUCCUUGGAGCAAAGGGAAGAGUUGAUAGAGGCUGCUGUCCAGUUUCACUGUGAGAGACGAAUCCAAGCAGCCCUCCAACAAUUCAAAGAAGGACUGAGUGCUCUUGGUGUCCUGGAAGAAGUGACGUCACGCCCUCAAGCUUUUGAGAAAAUCUUCCUGCAGGAUACAACAUCCCUGAAGGCCAGUGAUAUCGUGGGGCUUUUCCAGGCCAGAUCUAGAUCAUUGCCAGGGUCUGAUCGGAGACGGCUGGAAGCCAGAGCCAUUGCCUUUUGGAAGGAUUGGCUCCUGGAGGUAGAAGGUGGACUAACCCACCCAAUCACUCUUGAGGAUGUUCUCAUUUUUGCCACAGGCCUGCGGCGAAUCCCAGCAAUGGGUUUUGUGACGCAGCCAGAACUGGCGUUUUUGCACCCAGAGGAUGGACUGGUCAGAUUCCCAAAGGCAAACACUUGUUCACUGGUGCUCCAGCUACCUGUGGGACAGGCUUACACUGAAUUCAAAAAUAACAUGGAGCUUGGAAUAGGCUCUGGGGAGUGCCGAACGUUACGGUGAACGUUCUAAGGGUUUGGUAUUCUGAAUACUUUUGUUUUUCUUUAUGAAAAAACAGCAUGUAGAAUAAUGCUUUUACAGAAACACUUUUGAUGACAAACAAUUGUAUUUGGUCUGUUCAUUUUAAUUAAACUUGAAGAGUGAUUUUGAGACUGCUUGCUUAUUCCAAGGCAUGUCGACAGUGUGAUGACAUCACUUCCAAGAUAUAUAUGUCUGAGGAUGAAUGUGCUGUACUUUAGACCGGAACCUGAGGGCCUGUUUAAAAAUGUCUCUUGCUCCAUCCAAAGGAUUUAUAUGUUACCUGAGAUGUUCCAACCAUUCAUCAUUGGGCUGCUUAAUCUAUUGUCUGUUGAAGCAGUUCACUAGAGGAUGGUCUUUGGAGAUCUAUAAGGAUAUUUUUGAAAUAAUAUUUUUCAUUUUCUAUUUAAUAUUUAGCCCAUGAUGCUAUAUAACAACUUCAGUGUCUACAGACUACACCUGUUGUGUAUAUGCAGUGUUUAUUUGUUUUCUUUCAUUAUAUUCGUGCGGAUUAAGUAUAACAAUAAAAAUGAUAAUGUUACGUAAUUAAAAUGAGACCCUGGAAGGGAAUGUGUCCCUUUCUUGGGCACAUAGAGACCUGAAUACAGUUGAUGGAUCUUA